AUGGGACCAGUGGCCAUGAUCAUAGUUUUUUUGAUGUUGAGCCUCAGACCAUAUUUUGCGCUCUCCUCUUUCACCCUCAUUAAAAGGUUCUUUAACUCCUCCUCACUUUCUGCCAUCAAGGUUGUGUCAUCUGCAUAUCUGAGCUUGUUGAUAUUUCUUCCGGUAAUCUUAAUUCCGCCUUGGGAUUCAUCCAGCCCAGCCUUUCGCAUGAUGAAUUCUGCACAUAAAUUAAAUAAGCAGGGAGACAAUAUACAGCCUUGUCGUACGCCUUUCCCAAUUUUGAACCAAUCAGUUGUUCCAUAUCCAGUUCUAACUGUAGCUUCUUGUCCCACAUAG